GGCAUAACCUCUACUAAGAAUUGGGCUAUCAAGAAUUUGUGCUCCUACCUUUCAACAAGGAUGGGCAUGGGACUUGGGCCUGGAUAGGAGGCUAGCGCAACCACAAAUUGCCGAGGAUAUCAAUGGAAUCGGACCGGCAAUGUGAAAUGGGAUACAAGGGUUCAACUAGUAGUGAAAUUGUUCAAAUGAGUUCACCUGAUGAUGUACGUAACUUAUGAACCAGUGGUGGCAACAACAGUACUACAAGCGAGAAUCAGCAGAUUGGAGACGAAAUUGAUGGAACAUGCAACAACACAUGUUUCAACUGAAAUUGAAGAGCUGAUAGCUAAUUCUAUCAACAAAAAGUUUGAGAAUGGCACCACUACUUCACGUCGUUGGGGACAGUGCUGUAUAUUCAAAGUGCAUGAACAAAAUAAGCGAGCAUGCCUAUGUGCCUUCCAUAGUCUCUAUUGGUCCUUUCCACCAUGGAAAAAUGUAAAUUGUCAUAUGCGCACUCCCUGCUGACAAGAAUAGGCAGAAAGAAAAACUUAGGACAUGUUGCUGAAGAUACUGGUGACUGGUUCGCCAAUGAAACAAGAGGGAGGUCAAUAGCUUUAAAUCAAUGCAUUUCAGUUAUCAAGAAGAUGGAAAGAGAAAUUCGUGAAUCCUACUCAGAUCCCAUCAAUCUCAAUAGCGAGGAAUUUAUAGAAAUGAUGGUUUGUGAGUUGUUGACCAGGCGGUUUAUGCCUAUAUACACGCAAAACGAUCCUUUAAGAAAUAACUUCUGGAUCAAAUCAAGUUUGAAGUGGGAUCUACUACUCCUUGAAAACCAACUUCCAAUGUUUGUCCUUGAACAUCUAUUCAACUUAACUGCACCGGAUAGACAGCAACUGGAGGGUAAAUGCCUUGAGGUGCUCGUUCUUGCUUUGUUCAAGUUCUCAUUGCUAUUACCUGACGGGAACACUCUCCUUCGAACACACCCAGAUUGUAGACAUGCCAGGCAUAUUCUUGAUUUAAUAGCUAUUCUACUCCACCCUACUCCUCCUCAUCUCAGAGAACUAAAGGAACUUCAUUCGGCAACAGGGGAAGUUGGACAGACUAUGAGACUAUAUUCAUCAUGCAGAUUAGUUACCUCAAUUGUGAUCUCGGGGAUGAAGCACACUGCAGCACAUAUAUUCACGAAAGGGACUGCAACCAGCACACUUCCUCGUGCCAAUAACAACAGGAACACCCGUUCAAUCAGGAACUUUACACCAAGUGCAACUGAGCUCAGCCGUGCAGGAGUGAAGUUCAAGAAGGGCUCUACAGAAAAUGGCUUCUAUGAUAUCGAAUUCAACAAUGGUGUAUUGGAAAUUCCACCGCUUAUAACUUCUGCCGAAGAUGUGGAGUUGCUACGCAGUAAAGGCAUCAUCAGGAACUCUUUCGGCAGUGAUGGAACUGUUGCUAAUCUCUUCAAUAAUCUCAGCUGUGAGAUAAAGUAUCACAAGUUCUAUUAUUCUCAACUCACCAACCAAGUGAACGAGCAUUACAACAAACGUCGACAUAUUUGGAAGGCCACUUUGAAACGUGAAUACUUCAACAGUCCAUGGUCUAAUCAUUUCAUUUGCUGCAGCACUCCUACUUAUUAUUCUUACGAUCAUGGCCGCUUUAUUUGCUCAGCUUUCGUUUUUUGUUCACGAGUCUUAAACAUGUUCAUAGGUGUUAGCAACGAGUAUGAACUAUGAGGAUGAAUGCAUGAAAGAACUCAAUAACCUUUAUCCAUACCACUAAUCUGUCACUACCACUGUUUCUAGCUAAAUUACUAUAAAGAUGAGAAUAA